AUGCAGUCCUGGAAAAUUCGCAUGUUUGCACUGUUUAUCAAAGACUGGGCCUCCGUCGGGCCCCAACCGGGCCCCCACGAUGGGCCGUGGGCCCAAAAAAGCUCAAAGCCCAUCGUGGGAAUCGGACCCAAAGCCCAGCCUAACCCACGAAUGGACUGGGCUUUGGGCUUUGUGGGCUUUGCGCAAGCCUACUCUGGGGAGCGAUGA